GAAGAACCAUUACGGAGAGAAGAGGAAUUUCCCGCAGAACCUGCUUCGUUCGAGAAUGUUACCUAUGAAAUCAAGGAAGAGGCCUACACACCAAAAGGCGAAGAAGAGUUCGGCGUACGAAAAGUGCCAGAACCAACGACAAGGCGAGAACGUGAUACCACUACCGAGGAACAUGUUGCAGAUCGCGAGAUUGAUCAGGAAAUGCCAGCGGCGACAUUCGUUGGUACUGAGUUUGCCGAACCACUUGAGGGAUACGAAUUCAAAAUUUGGGAAGGGUACGCGUCAUUGGAGAAACCUGAAAUGACCACUGCGGCAUAUGACGAGAAGUUCAAAUCAAAAGAAUUGAUCGAUGAAGCUCCACUGCAGAAAGAAGGGAAAUUUCCGGCUGAAUAUGCUCCAGCAGCACAUCUCGAAGAAUACCGCUUCGAAGCAAAAGAGGUUGAUGCGGCCGCAGGAGAACAAAAAAGUCCUGAGCAAAAGGAGCGAACUGCAAGGCAACAAGCUAAAUUUGGUAGCCCCGACGAUGAAGAAUCAUACGUGAAGGACUCAACGUUCACCUCAAAAAUAUUUGGAUUCGCAAAGAAAGCGGGUAUGGUUGCUGGUGGCGUUGUUGCUGCACCCGUAGCGUUGGCAGCAUACGAUGCUGUGUCUAAGCACAAAAGUCAAGAAGCGGGGAAAGAAGAAUUUUGUCCCGACGUGGAGACAUCUCUUCAUGACUAUUCUGAACAACCGACUGGUCAAGCACAGGAACGAGAAGUAGAGGAACGUUCAGUAGAGUCCGAAGACCAGGGGAGAAAAGAGAAAACAUUGUUGCAUGGGUACGAAGAAGUUGUUACCACUGAACAAGCAGCAAAGAAUGAAGGAGAAAUCGGCUAUGAAGCUACUUCUUUCACACCUUCCAGAGAAUAUGAAUGCACCAGUGAAACAAAGGAAGAGAUUUACACACCAACAAGCGAAAAAGAGUUCGGCGUAGAGAAAUUACCACAUCCACCGACGAAACGGGAACCUCUCACCACUGCGAAAGAACAACUUGCAGCUCAUGUCUUUGAACAGGAAAUAACUACGGAGAAAUUCGUUGGCACGGAGGUGGCAGAACCGCCUGAGGGAUAUGAAUUCAAAACGGAGGCAGAGGUCACUUCGCACGAGAAACCUGGAAUCACUACAGCUACGUACGACGAGAAGUUUGAAACAGAAGAAGUGGUGACUGAAGAACCAUUACGGAGAGAAGAGGAAUUUCCCGCUGAACCUGCUUCCUUCGAGAAUGUUAGCUAUGAAAUCAAGGAAGAGGCCUACCCACCAACAGGCAAAGAAGAGUUCGGCGUACAACAGAUACCAGAACCAACGACAGGGCCAGAACGUGAUACCACUACCGAGGAACAAGUUGCAGAUCGCGGGAUUGAUCAGGAAAUGCCAGCGGAGACAUUCAUUGGUACCGAGGUGGUAGAACCUCCUGAGGGAUGUGAAUUCAAGACGGAGGCAGAGUUCACAUCGCACGAGAAACCUGAAAUCACCAGUGCUGCGUACGACGAGAUGUUCGAAACUGAAGAAGUGAUGGCAGUAGAAUCAUUAUUGAGAGAAGAGGAAUUUCCCGCCAAACCUGCUUCCUUCGAGACUGUUACCUACGAAGUCAGUGGAGAUAUCUCCCCAGCAAUCAGCGAAGAGGAGAUGGGCAUACAAAAAGCGCCAGAACCAUUGUCAAAGCAGGAACCUGAUACCACUACUGAAGAAGGAGUUGCAGAUAGCAUAACUGCUCAGGAUAUGUCAGGGGAGAAAUUCAUUGGUACCGAGGUGGUAGAACCUCCUGAGGUAUAUGAACUCAAAACGGAGGCAGAGGUCACUUCGCACGAGAAACCUGAAAUCACUACUGCUGCGUAUGUCGAGAAGUUCGAAACUGAAGAAGUGAGCACUGAAGUACCACUACAGAGAGAAGACAAAUUCCCUGCUGAAGCUGCUUCCUUCGAGACUUUUACCUUCGAAGUCAAGGGAGAGAUCUCUCCAGCAAUAAGCGAAGAAGAGUUCGGCGUACAAAAAGUGCCAGAUCCGAUGACAAAGCACGAACUUCGUACAACUGCGGAAGCACAACACCCAGCUGACGUGUUUGGACAGGAUAUGAUAGCGGAGAAAUUUGUCGGUACCGAGAUGACAGGACCUCCUGAGGGAUAUGAAUUGAAAACAGAGGCAGAGUUUAUAUCGCUUGAGAAACCUGAAAUCACCACUGCUGUGUACGAUGAGAGGAUCCAGUAUGAACAGGUGAUCACGGAAGAACCAUUGCGGAAGGUAGUGGAAUUUCACGGCGAACCUGCUUCCUUUGAAACUGUUAACUACGAUAUCAAGGGAGAGAUCUACCCAGCAAUAAGCGAAGAAGAGUUCGGCGUACAAAAAGUGCGAGAACCAAUGACAAAGCCGGAAUUUGAUACCAAUGCUGAAGAACGAGAUGCAGCUAGCGUGAUUGAUCAGGAAAUGUCAACGGAGAAAUUUAUUGGUACCGGGAUGGCGGAACCGCCUGAAGGAAACCAAUUCAAAACUAACGAAGGCUACACGUCAUUGGAGAAACCCGAAAUCACCACUGCUGCAUACGACGAGAACAUCGAAAUUGAAGUGAUCACUGAAGAGGAGCUGCGGAAGGAAGAGGAGUUUCACGUUGAACCUGCUUCCUUUGAAACUGUUACGUACGAAAUCAAGGAAGAGGGCUACCCACCAACAGGCGAAGAAGUGUUCGGCGUACAACAGGUACCAGAACCAACAUCAAAGCAGGAACUUGAUACCACUACCAAAGAAGGAGUUGCAGCUAGGGUGAUUGAUCAGGAAAUGUCAGCAAAGAAAUUCAUUGGUACUGAGGUGGCGGAACCUCCUGAGGGGUAUGAAUUCAAAACGGAGGCAGAUUUCCCAUCGCACGAGAAACCUGAAAUCACCACUGCUGCGUACGACGAGAAGUUCGAAACUGAAGAAGUGGUCACUGAAGGACCACUACAGAGAGGAGACAAAUUUCCCGCUGAAGCUGCUUCCUUCGAGUCUGUUACCUUCGAUGUCAAGGGAGAAAUCUCCCCAGCAAUAAGCGAAGUAGAGUUCGGCUUACAAAAAGUGCCAGAGCCAAUGACAAGGCACAAACUUCGUACCACUGCGGAAGCACAACACCCAACUGACGUGUUUGAACAGAACAUGAUAGCGGAGAACUUUGUUGGUACCGAGGUGACCGAACCUCCUGAGGGAUAUGAAUUGAAAACGGUGGCAGAGUUUAUAUCACUUGAGAAACCUGAAAUCACCACUGCUGUGUACGAUGAGAGGAUCCAGUAUGAACAGGUGAUCACUGAAGAACCACUGCGGAAGGUAGAGGAAUUUCACGCCGAACCUGCUUCCUUUGAAACUGUUAACUACGAUGUCAAGGGAGAGAUCUCCCCAGCAAUAAGCGAAGAAGAGUUCGGCAUACAAAAAGUGCCAGAACCAAUGACAAAGCACGAACUUGAUACUAGUAUCGAAGAAGGAGUUGCAGCUAGCGUGAUUGAUCAGGAAAUGUCAGCGGAGAAAUUUAUUGGUACUGAGGUAGCGGAGCCACCUGAGGAAUACGAAUUUAUAAUUAAGGAAGGGUACGCGUCAUUGGAGAAACCUGAAAUCACCACUGCUGCGUACGACGAGAAGUUCGAAUCAGAAGGAUUGAUCGAUGAAGCUCCCCUGCCGAAAAAAGAGGAAUUUGCCGCUGAAUAUGCUCCAUCAGGACAUGUUGAAGAAUACAGCUUUGAAACAAAAGAGAUUGAUGCGGCCGCAGAAGAACAAGAAAGUGCUGAGCAAAAGGAGCGAACUGCAAGGCAACAAGUUAAAUUUGGAAGCCCCGACGAUGAAGAAUCAUACGUAAAAGACUCAACGUUCACCUCAAAAAUAUUUGGAUUCGCAAAGAAAGCGGGUGUGGUUGCUGGUGGCGUUGUUGCUGCACCCGUAGCGUUGGCAGCAACGGGGGCUAUUGCAGCAUACGAUGCUGCAUCUAAGCACAAAGGUCAAGAAGCGGAGAAACAAGAAUUUUCUCCCGACGUGGAGACAUGUCUUCAUGACUAUUCUGAACAACCGACUGGUGAAGAUCAGAUAACACAAGCACAGGAACGAGAAGUAGAGGAACAUUCAGUAGAGUCCGAAGACCAGGGGAGAAAGGAGAAAACAUUGUUGCAUGGCUACGGAGAAGGUGUUACCACUGAACAAGCACCAAAGAAGGAAGGAGAAUUGGACUAUGAAGCUACUUCUUUCUCAUCUUCCAGUGAAUAUGAAUUCACCAGGGAAACAACGGAAGAGAUUCAUUGUCCUACAAUCGAGGAAGAGAUUUGCGCUGACUUUGAGCAGGAAAUGACUGCGGAGAAGUUGACUGGCACCGUAGGUGAGGAACGAUCUGAUGAAUAUGGAUAUAAUAUUAAGGAAGAGUACACGUCAUUGGAGGAACGUGAUGUUACCAUUCCUGCGUAUGGGGAGCGGUUUGAUGUUGGAUUGGAAAACGUAAUGAGUGGAAUUUCUUUCUAUAGAGAUGAAGAAUUAUCUGCAGUGCCUGACUCCCUACCACGUAACGGGGAAUUCGGAUCUGCUCAUUGCAUAAUGGAGGAAGAUUCCGUUCUAACAGUGGAUGUAGAGGUUAUGGGAGAGAAAUUGCCUGUUUCACGAACGGAAUCAGUGGUUGAACAAUUUGAAAUAGGAACGUUCUCAAAAUGUUCAUUCGGUGAAUUCCGGGCCGAUUCGGGUUCUUCAAAAUGGCAGAUUGGACCAGAAAUUGAUGAAAAGGCUUUAAGCAAUGUAGGUAUGGUUGGCAUUUCUGAUGUGGAGUCGCCAACUGAGGUAAUCAAUGCGGAGAAAUUUUCAAAUAUGCAGCAGCCACUUGAAAGGCAAUCGUAUGUUAAGAUAUCAUCCGGUGGAGAUGACGCGUUACACAUUGCCGGUGGCGAUUUUGAAUUACUCAGCAGUUUAAGUGGUAGAAUUGCUGAAGAAUUCAGUGAUCAUAUGGUUCAAGACGUAUUUGAUAGUUUGGGUGAAAGCAUUGCAACCGGUGAGAAUGAAGGAAGCGAUAUCAAUGUUCCAGAAUUACUUUCAAGUAGCGAAAAUGGAAGUUCAUUCGUUAAUGACGAUAACAGAGUUCUACCAAAAACCUCGUCAGUGGAUGCGGCACAUGAACACGAAGUGGACUACGAGUCUGACUUAAAAGAGAAAUUAGAUGCGCUAGCUACAGAGAAUAAGACAGCUGUCUUAGAUGGACUUCAAUUGAUCGGUAUGAUACGAGAUGAUUUCAUUGAGGAAGGAUCACCAGAAAAGCUACUGAAUGAAAUGGGAAUCGAAGAAGAAGUUGUUCAAAUGAUUGAUGAGAUCUUGAAAAAUGUCACUGAAACAUUUUCAAAUAGUGAUUCGACUUAUAAAACAGCAACCUCUAGAGAUGGUUAUGAAACGUGCCUCACGUCACAAGAAGAUACGUUCGAAACUGCUCCAGGAUUCCUAUCUCAGGAAUCAGAAUACACCACAGCUACAAGUGGAGGCGAAAGUUAUUUGAGUGAGGCGAGCGAAGAACGUCGUGGGAGUGCCACACCAAUUGCAAUGGUUUCACCAGUUCAGUCUGAUAGGCAUUUUACGGCCGCUCAAGAUCACGAACAAGAGCUGAUAGUUGGUCGGAAUUUGAAUGUUUACUUCGAUUCUAAGACAUCUACCCCAGAAGUGCCUGAAAUAGAGCUGGCACCUGUUGAAGACGAAGAAGAGCCAGAUGAGGAGCGCAUAGCAACUUCCGCUAGCGGUGUUCUGUUAAUACCCGAAGCUGACCCGGGUCGACCGAUUUCACCUAUUCCGCCGUCGGUGAUUGAGGAAGAGGAUCAAGGUAUUGUCAUUAUAACAAACAUCGAUUCUUCAUCUACAAAACAAUCGACUUCAUGGGAAGGAAUAACAAACACAGAGUCGUUGUUCAGAUUUGAAGAACAUGCCCAAGAGAGCACAUGGCGUAGUCCCAGUGAUCAGCUAUCCACAGAAAGCAGCUUUGCCUCAAUCGUUGAAAGCUCGAAAAAAGGACAAGUUAACGAAUCGUCUGGUCGACAAAGAGAUGUGAAAAAUUACCUAGGAAGCGGUAAAGACAUGAAGACAUCCGAUGAAUCCAUACAUGAGAAAGCAAUGGAGAUCAAGAAAGAUUUCCUAAAAGAAAAUUCUGACGUUUCUCUAGAGGAUCGUACCGGUGGAACCGAGGUGGAAAAAAUUAUGGAAGGAGCAGAACGAACAUCACCAGAAAUUUCAUCCGAUUCGUCUGGGAAUAUUCAGUCUGAUUCAUUGGAUUCAUUGGAUAGAAUUUCGUUGAAGAGUGGAAGCAGUGGAAAGCGAUACAGUACUUCCAGACGAAGCAGUAACGGUUCCCGUAAAAGUUCACAUGACGAGCCGCAAAUGUUUGUGGAGCGUUUAACGCCGGAAUUGAAAAUGACUUGGUCUGAAGCAGAACAAGUCGAACAUUCACCAAAACAGGGAACGCCGCAAUUAUCACCUGAAGUGGAGUAUAGAGGCUAUUCACCAGAAGAGGAGCCAGUUCGAUCAUCUGAAGUUGAACUGGAAACUGUUGAAGAAGAACCAGAAGAUGUAGAUUCGUUGAAUGGUCAAAGUGUAUCAUCGAAUGGACAAACUACAGACUCAACAGUCCUCGGCAAAUACAAACAUAUCUCUAGUGAUAAUGUUUCAGAGACGAGUCUGCAAGAAUUCGAACGAAUAGAAAGAGAUAUGCUAAAUAAAGGCGAAUCUAGUUUGAGUGGAAGUGAACUAGAAUUGUACGCAGCAACAAAGUUGAAAGCCUCGUCAGCGGAUGGUUCAUCGAGUUCAUUGGCUGAAUUCGAAAGGCUAGAACAAGAGGUUGGUGAGGGAUCACCACAGGAAGAAGUGAUGAUGCUGUCAGAUAUUCGUGAAGAAUCAGAGGUCGAAGACAUGAGUAUAAGAGACGAUGAUGAAGAAGAAGUUGAUUCUAUAGCAGAUAUAAAAUCAGUACCUGUUGUUGAAGAGAAUCAAGUCGUGACACCAGUUGCAUCACCGGCCGACAGUAUUGAACAAGGUUUCGAACAAGUCAUUCCGGAACUGUUGCAAACAAGUACUGAUUCUUUGGAGCCGAUCAUCAGUGGCACUAUUGAAAUAGUGACAUCAAAGAACGAAAGAGUUUUUGAAGAAUACGAACUAACUGAGAAAAUAACCGAAGACAGCUUACGAGAUUCUCUCGAGAACAUUCCACACGAUCGAGAUUCGCUACUGGAAGGUACGAGUAGUCAAGAAAUGGCCAGUCAAGAUACGCAUGGUAUGCUGAGCGGUGAUACGUUCCAGGAAUAUCAGGAAGACGAACGUGAUUCGCUGUCUGGUGAUUUAGAUGUAAUGUUGGGCGAUUAUCCAACAACACUGACAACGUUCGAAACAACGCAAUUGAACGACAAUGGGUGUGUACAAACUAUCUCAAGACGAGUACUUACACGUGUCAAAGAUCCAGUGAUAAGCCACGUUCAGUUUACUGGUACAGAGAAUGAAGCUCGAGUUUGUCAAUUGGCUACGGAGGAGGAAUACGAAACAGUUGAUGCCGAAGGGAACGUCACGAAAACAAUCUUGCAUCGACGACAUCCUUCAUCUUCGAAUGGUAACUUUUCGAACUGA